AUGACCGAGACUUUCGAAAAAGCUCUCAAAAAUUCAAAAGAUACGGCUCCUGUUAGUCUCCAAAACGACGUUGAUUUGGCAGAUAUCGAAAAUCUAUCGAGCGAUGAGGGCGAGGUGUUACCGUCGAAAGCUUCGAAUGAAAAGGCUGAUGAAGAAAGAGCUGAUGUGAGGUCUGAGAGCAAUUCUUCGCUUGCAAAGCCCGACGAAGACGCAGGUGUUUCGAAAGACCCUGUCGCAGAUACGCUUUCCGACAAGGAUCCCAGUAGCGAUGAGAGUAGUGAAAGCGAAUCAGACGAUGACGAGUCUGUGUCUUUGGGUGGUGACGCUGCUGAUAUUGGUGCUAGCGCCGACGAAGACGAAGAUGCGACACAAGAACCUAUUCGAUCCAAAAACGAAAGCGCUGAAGAACCACUGCCUUCUCUUCCUGAUGGAUUUGAGGUCGGGCCUGAGACACCAAUUCACGAAAUGGGGGUUUUGAGUAAAGCUUUCGAUUUUAAUCUCAUCAUCCAGGCUACAACCUCUGCUGAACAGCGGGUUCUAAAAGAAGGCUCAGUUCUUUGUUUAGAGGAUAGAACCUUGUUGGGGCCGCUGUGCGAAGUUUUUGGGCCACUUCAAUCUCCGUUCUACAGAGUGUCGUUCCCCAAAGAUCAGAAAGAAGCAUUUGAUAGACUAAAAGCAUUGACAGGGCAAAAAGUCUUUUUCGUGAGGCCCGAAGCGCACUGGCUCGAUACCUUCGAUUUGAAGCGUACAAAGGGUACUGAUGCCUCGAAUGGCUUCGAUGAAGAGCUUCCAGAGGACGAACAAGAAUUCUCCGACGAUGAAAAGGAAGCAGAGUUCAGAAAAAGAAGAAAAUUAGCGAAGAAGAACGGUGACGGUGAGAAACUAGAGACGAUGGCCAUUAGUAAGAAGCCUCAAAAGUUAGCUGUUGCUCGAAGUGCAAAGAAUUUGCCUGGUUCUGCCGGAAUAGCUUAUAGAUCCCGCAAUGCAAGACAAAGCGAGAAAAAAGACAAUCAUCAAACUACAGGCGGUUACUCUGCUUCUCAACCACAGGUACCUCUACAGUCUGUCGCGCAGGCGCCGCCAGCGCAACUGGGUUAUGGUUAUAUGCCAACAUACGCUAACCCGUACCCGCAAAAUUCGUAUCCCACGCCCCAGGCGAAUGUCAUCUAUCCGCAACAGGCUCAAUUCUCAGGAUAUCCAGGUGCGAGUGGGGCACCGUAUUCACCUCAAUAUGCUGCAAAUUAUGCCAAUCAAGCACAAUUAUAUAAUGCGAACUAUGGCCAGCAGCAUUCCCAAUAUCCACCUUACGGGCAUUUCGCAUUCAACCCUUCAACAUACAAUCCAGUUUCUCAGCAGCCGCUCUACCAAAACCAAAACGCCGCACAAGUUGCAGAGCUUCAGCGCAUUCUAAUGCAGCAACAACAACAACAACAACAGCAAUAUCCACAGCAGCAUCCACAACAGCGUCAGCAGCAGCAUCCACAGCAGCAUCAACAGCAUCAGCCUCAGUAA